ACACUGCCUAAAAGAUGGCGACGCGCUCGCUACUUUAACCAGAAAGAGAGGUAGUUGUUUUUCCAACAAAAAUAUAAUAAAACAAAAUAAAACUGGUGCAAAUCACAUAAACAAGAGGAGCUAGAUGUUCUGACCAACCGUGCGCAUCGCAAUCUGUAGUGAAACACUGGCAAACGAAUCGGCUAGGCGAGAGAGUGAAGUGAAACUAAUACAAACAUUGGCAUGUCCAGUGGCAAGUGAGCAACAAGUGUGUAUAAAACAUAUUGUGGUCGUAUAAAAUGUUAGGAAAAGCCAUUAGCCCACCUGGCUACAGGUAUAUCGACUGCAUCUGCCACGAAUAAACAGGCAUAACUGGUAGAAAAGAGCAUUUCCAACCAAGGAACAGAGUCUCUGCACACGUAACCUUGUGUGCGCGUAGCACGGAAGCUGUUACUGGCUUGGGCUGUGGCAGUGCAACGCCAACGAAAUCGGAAUACUUGUUCGUAUCGGGCACGUGAAGCAUUAUCCAGUAAAAUAUUCCAAAGACGUCGGGUACGUCAAAGAACAUGGACACUACAUCUGCAGCUGGAUCUGGAGCCGGAUCUGGCAGUGGUUCAAGUGGCAGCAUAGCCGAUGCUUGUCCCUGCUCAACAGUCGCUCACAACGAACAGCCGCAGACCAAGAGACAGAAAAUUGAGAAACAAAUCAAAGUUGGCUCCAAGUCAUUGCCCCCGCCACCGUCACCGCCGGACAUCUUAGAUCGGCGGGAUGCCCUCGAUGCCAAUAGCAACAACAAUAAGAAUCAUCAUCUAUGCUCAUCGCUCUCCUCGUCCUCCACACACUCGCUGUCAACGCCCAGCAGCACCAACAACUCACCCACAGCGACGCCAUGCAGCUCCCGGGCGGCCUCCUAUGCGCAGCUGCUCAGUGUACAGAGCUUAGUCCACAAUAUCUUGCCACAAUCCGAGCUGCAAACCGAACCGGAGGCCACAAAGGACGAAGUGGAUCGCGCCGCAAAACUGCCAGAUCUGCUGACCAUCACCACCAGCAGCAGUAGUAGUAGUAAUAUUAGCAAUAGGAGCAACUGCAUUGCGUCGGCAUCUUCAUCGAUUGAUGAUAUGCUGGAAUUCGAGCAGUCGCUGACGCGCCAGUGCCUGUGUGGCGUUUCGGAGCGAACACUUCGUAAGCCGUUCCAGUCGCACUAUUCGCAAGACACAAACGGCCAGAAACGUAUCGCCUACCUUAGGGAGUGGCCCACCAACAAGCUGCUGCAGUUCCUGUCCAAUCUGCAGCUGCUGUUCGACAUAUACCUGAAGCAGAAUGCCAAGGGCUUCAUUUGUACGAGAAUAAUGGACGUGUGCGAUGCUUUGAUUCGAAACGACAACAAGCUUAUCGACGAGAUCAUCGUGCUGGCGGGCUACAACAAUUCCUAUGUGCAAUUCCUGGCGGGACGUGUGCUAGCCGCAUUUCUGGUGAUUGCCAAACAGGAACUGAACGAUGAGUGGUUGCAGAAAAUCGUUGACCAACUCUUCAACUUCGAGCAUCUCGACCAGGCGGCGGUGCAGAAGAUCCACUUCAGCCUGGACAUUAUCAAGCGCAUCGUCGAAUGGAAGGAUAUGGAGACGCAUCCGUUAGACGAUGACUGGAUGACGACCACGAGUGCUGCUGGUGCUGCUGCAUCGUCUAUGGCCCUGCCAGCAGACGCCGCUGUGAGCUAUAUGCACUUCCCCGUGCAGGAUCAGCCGUUGGCGACCAACUACUUUGCGCUACAGUUUAGAGACGAUGCAGCGGGCGAGACCGAGAGGCAGCCAGAAAGCAGAGAUAGGGAGACGGAGAGACGCAGGCAAAACGGCGGCCUAUACGAUGAUGAUACGAUUAGCCCUCAUCCCGCACAACCAGCAUCUGUUCCCGGCGGAUGUCACGUGGUCACUCUCACCGACUCCGAGAGCUUUGACACCACACAUCUGAAGUGCAUCACGAUACAGAAACUGGAGCACAAGUGGCCUACGUUGGUGAAGAACAUGUCGGAGCUGAUGGCUCCAACCCACCAGGAUACGGCGGAGCACUGCGUUCUCAAUUUCCUACAGCUUUGGGAGAACAUCAUUUCGGUGAAGGCCAAUCUAUCCAUUGACGAGACGAGACCCUACUACGCCCAGCUGGACAAGUUUGAGCUGCUGCUCAACCACAGUCUGUCGUGCACCGUGUACAAGCAAAUGCUGUGUCUGUUCAAUGAGGCCCUGUGCUAUGGCUCCACGCUAGCGCUGCAGGACAUGCUGCCCGAGGAGACCUGCAAGCUGGCCCACCAGAUCGUGUGCCAUGUCCGUGGGUUUCGCAUACUCGAAUCCCUGCCGCGACGCCAGCCGGACAAUAUGGUCAGCCUGAUUGGCUACAACGGCACACCCCUCGUUUAUGCGAAUGGGGCUAUCGCCAUAUCGAUAAUGGCUCGGUCCGCAGAUCUUGCACCGCAGGAUGCCGGCGAGGAUGGAGCGCCAAUGCCGCCGCUUGACCUAAUAGAAAUGGACAAGACGCUGCUGCAGAAGAUGGUGCUGCUGGUGCUGAAGUCGAUUGCGGUGACAGUGAAGGAGAUACGCAGCGAUUCGUCCGACUCGUCCAUUGACUCGAGCGACUACGAUGCCUUCCAGGACAUGAUGCUGAUUGAGCGCUCCAUUCGGGAUGUGCUGAGCAAGCUGGAGACGUUCAUCAAGCAGACCCUGGAGUUCCACCCGGAGUGUCAUUUCAGCAAGAUCCUGAUUCACCUAUUCGAUGACCAGGACGAUCACUUGAUCGAGGCCAUGGUCUGCACCCUGGACGUGACGUCGGGCAUCUCCUUUCGCAACAAUGCCUUUCCCGAACUGGUGGCCAUGCUGAAUCCUGUGUAUACGUUUUUGGAGUUCCUCAAGAUGACUUCGAAUAGCUCGGACCUGCUGCUGGAUCUGCUGGUGAGCAACGAGACCUGCUUCCUGCUUUAUCUGCUGCGCCUGCUCAAGUACAUCCGCAUGAACUGGACCAUGUUUGUGCACAGCUGCCACAGCUUUGGCAUGGGAAACGCCAUGCUGGACGAGGCCAUGGGCGUGCUGAUCCGACUGCGCCUGCAGAUAUCUCGCCUAGUUUCCCGCCAGCUCUACCCGUACGACAUAUCGCCGGUGCUGCGCCUGCUGGAGAGUUGCGAGAGUCUCUACGAGGGCAACGAGCUUAGUUAAAUGCAACGGAAUGGAAUAGCACCCUGUCCUGUCCAGUCCUGUCUAACCACAUGCAAUUAAAAUACGUAAUUUAUUUUAAAAUUUAAUAUAAUAGGAGAAGCUAGCGCAAAAUUCGAUAAAGAAGAAUCCUUGUAGAAUAUCCUUGUAGUGUACUAGAUCUAAGCCACAUCGUGCCCCUGCUGAUUGCAGGCCAAAUUCCAUUACUCUAUCUCCAAAAUAAAGUUUCCGACUCAACAAUCCAAUACGAUACGAGUAUAAAUAUGUAACUAAUGUUUUCUUACACCCUGUCAUCCGCUUCGAAGAUACAUAAACGUAUGUAAUUGUCAUUGCAAUGAGCAUCACAAGAUUGUAGGUUAGUUCGUAGUUAAUGAUAAUGUUGUAGGUACUGAGCUCCAAAAUACGCUGUACGCUAUCCUAAGAUGGUUUUAAUCUUGCCUUAAGUAGAAUAAUGUACCAUAGAAAUCGGCAUAAUGGAUGGGAAUACAUUUUCCUCGUUCUGCCGCACGCCGCUUGUGCAAUACGGGAAAAGUGUGUACAAAUUCUGGUGUCUCCCGAUUGCAUGGGCGGGUACGUUUUAAAAUACUUGAAUAAUACUAUAGCUUAAUGAAUUAAUUAACUGAUUAAAAGAAACGCAUUAAGAACAA